GGCCUAUGACCGUCAGCACGCGUGCAGUGGGCUUGGCCACAUUGCCCGCCGCGUCGCGCCGUUUCUUUCUCACGUUCGCCGGAAGCGUCUACGGCGGAGACAAAAACGAGCGUGGCGGGUAUCGCAUUCUGCUAGCUCGCCUGCACGACCCCGCAAGGGGGGUGCAGGUCGUCUACCGCUGCAAGUUUAGGAAUCUGCGCAUGAUCUCCCCUGCCCUGUGCGCCGAGGGAGAUGAGCGCUGGCGUGCAGCCGCGCGUGCGUCGAUCUCCUACGACGAUCUCCUCAACUCCACCUUCUGUCUCGUGCCGGGAGGCUACCACCCGGGCUCUGGCAGGCUGGCCGAGGUGCUGAGCGCAGGGUGCAUCCCGGUGCUGGUGGGCGACGACUACGUGCUCCCGUUCAACGCAGUCCUCGACUGGUCCUCCCUCGCCUUCACCGUCUGUGCGACGUGCGUGGACGACAUCCUGCCUGGGCUACGCGCGAUGCCGCCGGACGAAGUCGAGGCCAUGCGCCGCAACGUCGUGAGAGCCUACCGGCUCUACUUUACCAACCAGACCGCCAGGUGGAGGGGCAUCAUUUCGACGCUCUCCCGCCGCGUCCGCUGUCUGGCUGCUGAAUAAAUUAGAGAGAAGAGAGCUCCGGGCACCGGGCGGCAAACAAACGCAGGACAGGUCUCAGGUGUCCCGGGGUGUGUCAUGUGUUCAUGGCAAAAUGGGUCAAUGACGUGAAUGGUGCUGUACAUAUCUGUUUAUUUUAUACCCGUUUUCUCGAA